GCUAAAUCACAGCAGGCCAAAAAUUUAUGGCACAGGGACUGGGAACCCUAGAAAAAUAAAUUUUAUUUUACCUACAGAGCGUUACCUACAUGUGUGUACCUAUAUUUUGUAUUCCACAACCUGUCGAACAAAAUAAGAGUGACACAAGUGCAGCCAAUGAGCAGAGCUAUCCGCACCGCAUAUCCUGCGGUCAUUCAUUUUGCGCGGCGUGCUUCAGGAAGUAUUUGGAGCUGGGUCGGGACUUGAGAUGUCCCCUCUGCAGACGCGAUUUCAGGGCGGACAUCCAGCCAGCUCCGCCCAGUGAUUCUGCAGAGGAACUCGAGUCCUUGCCCGCAACCGAGAUGGACACGCUGGUGCUGACACUUUCGGAACAGGAGUGCUGGUUCUUUGAGCAGCUCUACCGGGAAGUACAAUUGACAAGCAGGCGCUAGACUAGAUUGUGAUAAUUUUUUGUCUUCAUAUAUUUCUAUAUAUACUUAUAUGUUAUCGUCAAACACUUUUGUCCGAUCUUCCUUGGAGUGUGCUUCGCAGAAUUUUACAUUUGUAAAAGUUUUCUCAUAAUCAAAUAAAAGAUGGAUAACGAUUAACAAUAGCUGGUAUCCGUGUGCCAAAAGA